CCGAGCCCCGAGUUUCUACUAUUAAGCUCAAGACUUCCAAACUCUCGAAAACGAACCCAAGUCCUAUAUUCGACGUCUACAGCCAUGAGUGAACAACCAGUUGGUCCAAUUACACCCUCGGGCACCGCGUCCGCACCCUCUCGUGGGUCCCUUGACGGACGCUACACUUCUCUUAUCCCAUUGGAACCAUCUCACGCCGAUCCAAGCUGGAAGCACCUUGGCGGCGAGGAAAACGGUCAUCUUUGGACAUAUAUGUUUGGAGGACCAUACCUUGAUCAGCAACAAUGGAGAGAGGCUGUUGACGGAUUCAGCAAGACUGAGGAUCCAUUCUUCUAUACUGUUCUCUCUAGGCCACGCGAUGACCCCAAGUCUGAACCUGUUGGGCAAAUGUCUUACCUCAACAUCGUUCCAAGCCAUAGAAGGAUUGAAAUUGGGAGUAUCAUCUUUGGGUCUCAGUUAAAACAGACACGUGCUGCCACUGAAGCGUUUUAUCUGAUUAUCAAGCAUGCCUUUGAGGAUCUUGGUUAUCUAAGAGUCGAGUGGAAAGCCAAUCAUCUCAACAAACCUAGUCUCGCAGCUGCUGAGCGAUUAGGCUUUGUUUUUGAGGGUAUCUUCAGAAAGCAUCUGAUUCUCAAAGGAAGGCGUCGAGACACAGCCUGGCUCAGCAUUACUGACGAAGAGUGGCCUCUUGUUAAGAAGGCAUUUGAGGCUUGGCUCAGCGAGAACAACUUUGAUACAAACGGAAAGCAGAUCAAGUCUUUGAAGGUCAUAAGACAAAGCUUGACAAAGGACUAAAAGGAAGGAUGCGGAAUGUAAUGACGACAGCACUAUAAAUCUGAUCUAUAUAUUGCCUUUUGCCGGACUCAAGAUUUUGUAUUCUUAAGGCUGAUUUAAUAUCAUAGAAUGUCGGAAUGCGGAUUCUAUGGCCGAGGCUUCAUCUGAGACCAUUAAAAAUGUGCUCUUACCUGUCUAUAAAUUCUCACACACCGUACUCACCAUACAUUGUCGAAGCCGAUCGGACUUAGCCACGUAUUCGUUGAACUCACAACCCUGCCUAUAGUUCUCGGCACAUCAGUACCGAUGUGUGAAGAUCAACCUGGAGAUUGGCAAAUAAAUACCAUGGAAGAGUGGUGGAAGCAUCUAAUCCAGAGCCUAGACCUAGUCGAGCUUGCCG